GCUCAACGCAACAAAUAUGAGCAGCAUGACGUGGAGAAAGCUCUUUGCAGUUUCACUUGACUUUGAGAGCAGAGUCGCAAGAGCGAGUGACGCUUUGAGAGCGUGUAGUGACGCUUUGAGAGCGAGCGACACUCAGUGGAAUUUGACCCAGUAACUUGACUGAUGGUGAUGGUAGAGAGAAGUCUUAUUGUCAACAACCUCCACCCACACCGUUGCCUGUGAUCAGUAGAAGGUUUUUAGCAUGAAGUUCAGUAUCAGACCAUGGCGAAAGAAAAAUGCAAAUGUAAAAAUCUCUUUCUUCUACGUCGUUCCCUCAUAUCGUCUCCGGGCGUAGAGGAGCGGCAGUCUCAGCUGCGGGGAUGUCGGUGCCCUGUGGAGGCAAGGUGAUUGAUAGACUGAUUACGAAGCUGGCACUGGCCCUACAUUAGAAGACUUAUUUGGAGAAAGAUGUAGAUGCUACGACUUCUGAUAAAAAACGUUCUGCUGAUAUGGCCGUACUCUCACUUUUUUGCCCCCAGUAAAAGUGCGUGUAACAUAAGAAAUCUAUUUUCUCUCUCUAUGACUAAGACUAUCUCUGAAAAACAAAAAAUGUCUGUAUUAUCCCCAUGCAAUCAAUAACGCCAGACUGUCAAUAAACAGGAGCAGGAUAAUUUUCAUCUUCACGUACAGCAUCGUUUUGAUUCACUUCUUCAUUUAUAACUAAAGAGUCUAUCAGUUUGAAAGUCAACAUCAUGGUUGUUAUCGAGGAUCUCGACGAUAUUGAAGAUAAGGGUCCUGGAGCUUCUUCAAGCGGUGACCCAGCAGCGCCGACGAUCAAAAAGGGCUUUCUGAACGACGGAAAGGAAAUUUACGGUCCGGAAGGCAGCAGUCAAGGGAAUGUUACUGUUAAGCCACCAAACGCCUAUGUGAGUGUGUCUGUUAGAUUGAGUGAGUGAGUGUGUCUGUUAGAUUAAGUGCUUUGUUGUGAUUGUGCCCCAAGACACAUGAUGUACUACAUGUUUUACAUCAGUAGAAUGUGCUAGUCGUGGAACUACAAGAUAAAGAUGCCGAGAAGAGGCAGAUUGUGACGACUAUUGAUUCUUCGUCUGAGUAGAUUGCUCCAUACGGCGAACAAGGGAGUUGACGUUGAUGUUGACCACGCCUUAGACUUAGUUAUUCGAUCAUACGAGAGAACGAGAAGGCGAACUGUGACCCAACGCGGAAAUGAAUGUGACAAAGAAUUUUGAAAUCUGUAUGCCGUGACAAAUAGAACAUAUAAUCACUUUCUAAAGAAGAGGAACAAAAGAAAGCAUGGGAGAAGGAAGACCAAAACCGAGAGCUGAACAGGAGAACCGGCAGCGGAGCCUAUGACUCAGAGUAUUGUUCCAAAGACCAAUGUUGCAUAUCCUGUAAUAUCGUUUAGUCUUCACAGUACUACAUCUACAAGUAUUAUGCAUGUUGACUACCCGAGACUUGAUUAUGCCAGCAUGCUCGCUAACUUCUUCCUUCCGUGACAUUUUUAGGCAGAAGUCCUCCGAGAUAUGUCGAUUGCCAGUACGUCUAGACUCAUACUCAGAAGCAAACUAGACCUUGGAAAUACGAUCACAGCUUUGCAAAACCUCAAUGGUUUACGUCGGAAUGGCCAUCAAAUUGCCAGUAUAACAACCCCGGUUGUGCCUUCGAUUCACUGAAAACGAGCGAGCACGAAUCCGAAACGCACCAGGAGAUAAUACGGAAGAGUGACAGGUGGCUGGGAAUAAUCGACAAUGUUUAUGCUUCACAGUGCUGUAGGCAUCUAAGUACAUUUUACUAGGUGCCCUGCGGAGGCAACCUGAUUGAUUGGCUGAGUGGAUGGUCUUUAGUGGGCUAGGUCAGCGAUGGCACAGGCGUGCCUGCACAGUCCAGAGCUGGCCCUGGGUCUGUUUUAGUUCCUCCGUUAUCUAGCGCCGCCGCUCGUUAGACGGCCGCGCGCAGUUGAUUGACUGACUGACAUGCGGGAGCGCUUGCACAGUCCAGAGUUGCUCAUGGGUCUGUAGUUUGUUCCUCCGUUAGACGGCCGCGUCAGUUGAUUGAUUGACUGCCUGACUGAUAGGAUCGCAGGACAAGAAUAAUACUAGGAUCGCAAAAAUACUAGCCAGGCCUUCGCGUAGGCCAACAAUACUAUUACUUCUAGAAUCGCACCAACACCAUUUUAAUUUCUCGAACCAGUAGGGUAACAAUACUAGGACUAGUAGGAGCAGCAUUUUUGCUGUACCUGGUAUAGAUGAACCAUUGCAUGAAAGACGCAUACGUCUUCGGCAUCCGAGUUGUGUCAAUGUAUCUGCAACUGCAAGCACCUCUUUCAAUUUCAUUUAACGGCUCGUUCUCCUUCUCGUUCUUCACGGCUUCCUUGUUGUGUACCUGGUCCUAGUAGCGACUCAACGCUUCACCGAAUAUCAUUAUGAUAGGAAACUUCUCUCACUCUCGUUGUUCAUAUCUUCGAAGCAAAGGAGGUCCGAUUGAGCUUUCUUGGCAUGCGCGAUUCAGAUUUGGAGGCGCUCGUGGAGGCACUGCGGUCACGAAAUUCUAUUGAGAAUAUCGACAUUUCCUUCAACCACAUUUAUGGUUACAGUCUUUUUGAUAUUGCCAGAUAUCUCCCGUUUUCUUUUCCACCUCGACAUCCCCAGGCAGCAUCAAGAUUUCUAUUGAUGAAGCCUUUGCUUCUCAUCAAAGGAUGUGAUAAUUCAAGGAUGCGAAGGAAAAAGGCAGUAGUUGUAGUCGAGAUUUCCAAAUCCAAUUUAAAGCCGUAUAAAUAUAUCUUUUACUCUAACACUGUAAGGACGCAGGAGUUCAGGCCUUGGUGGGUGCUCUCGCUCAGAAAGCGUUUCCCUGUCUCAAGCAGCUCCGAAUGUACUAAGGAAGCUCUGAUCAUCCCUCUAUGCAAAUUUUUUAUCCCAUGUAUGAGGCUGAGAAAAAAACACUCAAAGUGUUAUUUUAUGCUGAUAGUAGACGAGAUCAGCAAGUUUAUCAUGAUCAUCAUCUCAUGACUAUGCUCGUUUUCGAUAUUUUUGUUUGGAUACAUAGCAUAUUUCUUAUGUUCGUUGAUUCAAGACCAAGGCGAAGGCGCUGAGGGGGUAAUCGAUAUCGAUCAUGUACAUUUUUUGAGGUGUUUUUUUAUCAUUAGAAAGGCGGAAGAGGAGUACGUCUAGUUGUAGUUAUGGUUAUCUACAUGAACUUAAACAACAUGUCUCCAAAUGAUUAACAUUCUACGUGUUGUAGUACAUCAACAAGAACUACACUGACUCACACGUUCAGAUACAAAAACGAGUUUACGAAGCUCGGAACGCAAAUGCUCCAGGGUUUGAAGUAUCUUCGAAAGGACUUGGAGGUUCUAAUUGAGGAGCCAGCAUAUUUUCGACCAACGUCUGAAGGAUAGCAGCCGUAGUGGUUUUUCUGGUCUAGGGUGGGGAUGGAGGUCCUUGAUUGAUGAACUUUUCACUCAAUAUAUAAAGUUUUCAUCUCAAGUUACCUUUUGAUUUUGGUGGAUGAAUGGUCGCGAUUAUACUUCUACGACAAGAAAACUUGAGAUAAGAAGAAAGACUAGAGUGGCUUUUUUCUAGAUUCCUUUCGUACGGAAUUGCAUUGUUGGCUGCCUCAGUCUCUUAGAACGGUGUGAAUUUGAUGUGACCAACUGCUUAGCGCGAAGCAAGGCUGGGACUGCGAGUAACUAUGAUUUUGACAAUGGACGAUCACCACAACUACCUCUUCCGGUAGCGAAAGGUAGUAAAGCCCCGGAGUAGAAGGAGAACAAGAGUUGGUAUGUUCUUCGAGAGAGACAAGGUGGAGUGUCUAUUAUGCUAAGU